GCACACAAACAUCUUGCAUUGCGCGUGCGCAACUGCGCAUUGUAUGUUGUCGAUCUUGCUAUAAUUUGGACUGUGUCAGCGUUUUGUAUAAUUUUUGCAUUUUGGUAUUGUUUUUAAGUGUCAAGUGUGUAUUUAUGCUGUAUUGGGCCUUAAAACAAGAAAAGAAAAAUGCGAGUCGCCAGAAGCUUGCGCCUCGGGGCAAAUCUUCGAGCUAACUGUUUCGCCAUCGGAUAUUUGAAUCUGAUUGCCAGUCUCAUCGACAUCGGGUGUCAUGUGGUCAUUGUCUUCAUCGUCACCAACGGCUUCCAAUGCGACGUCAGCAAGGAGAGCCUGCGCGCCGUUCAAUGGAAUUGGUUGGAGCCAGUUCUAGUGAUCAUAAACCUCGGAACCCACGGCUUCUACCCUUUCCCACUAAUAUUCCACUACUACAACAAGAUCCCCAUCGACUAUCUGCCUAUAGCUGACAAGGAGCCAGCAUGCUACCCUGGGAUGCUGCAUCUUCAUAUUGUGGAUAUACUGUACUUCUUGAUCAACGCUGUGUGGCUCAAGUUCGUUUUAACUUUUGUAGCUGGCGUUCAUAAGAAAGACCCAGAACCCAUGCGUAUGUUCUUCGUCGUAUCGAUAGUGAAGCUGGGCAUCCAGCUGCUGAACUUGUGCUUCCAGCCCGACUUUGAAAAUGUCUUAGCUGUCACCGCUUUCAAGCUCACGGAUAUUUGUAUUGCGACCCUAUUCUUGGUUAUAAUCAACAAAUACAUCAUAUUCUUGAGGAAUGAAAAGGCAAGGAAGACAGCUGAUCAACCACCAUCUUACAUUGAAUGUCUAGUCAACGGACCAACGACUCGGGUUGAUGAGAAGAAAGACACGGUUUUUGUUAUAGAAGAGAAGAAGCCAGAGCUCAAAGAAGGGGUGGAACCACAACCAUGUUAAAGAGCCAUUAGAUAACUAUAGAAAUGUCAUAUUAAUCUUUCCUAUACUAUUAAUUGUGUGUAAAUUAUUUAUUAUACUAUGAUUAUUAUGAUCUUGCUGAAGCCUUUAAGGCCUAUUGCAGAGGACUCAUAACAGUCUGAAAAAAAAACGGCACAAAUAGAACAAUUUUACUGCAGACGUCCCACAAGUAUCGCCAACUUGAUCCGAUUUGUAACGGAGGGAAGGAUAGAACAUAAUAAGUAUAUUAAUAAGACGGCCAGAGAGGAUGUGCAUUCCGAUAUAGCUUCUCGUCGGUCGGCUGUUGUCAGAUUAAAAUUUGUGUGAGGCAAAAACGGUCCUACGCGUUAACUCUCAAAAUCAUUCCUUAGAAUUGCGAAAAUUAUGCUGAAGAAUAUUCGUAAUUAUUCGCACAGAGACGGGCCGCAAGCUGUGCAUUCUUCGAGGCACUGAAAAUGACUGGUAUAGUGACGUCAUCCAUUUUUAUACGAAUCUGAAUCUCGGAUAAGUAAUAUAGACACUAUGUAACAAUCAUGCAUGCGGCCUAACUUUGGUUUAUUAAGGUGAUCGCAUACCACGAGACGAGCCGCAAGACGCGUAAGAACAACAAAAGACUCAUACAAAGGCAUUUUUCAAUGUGCGAGUCCCAUGCGUCAAUACAGAGUUAGAAAUAAGAAAUGUUGAUCGGCAGAGAUCGGUACUGAUGUGACAUUUGACAUGUGUGUUGACAUUUUUGCGACGAACGGAUGCCCGAUGCUGCUAAUGACACUCGCGUAUAAUGUGCAAUACUGAAAAAACGCCUUUUGCGGCUCUUGCGGCCGUGUUGCGAUCUCCUUUAUUGUAUAAAAAAUAUGAUGGAUUAUAUUGUAACUUAAACCGGGUAAUAAACUCAAAACUUUAUCAACUA